CUUUUACAAGAAGCUGAAGGAUGGGGUGAACGAUUUAGUGAACUAAAUGAACAAACUAAGAUGUUUGAAUCAUCUAAAGCAGAUACAGAAGAAGUAUUGAAAAAUAAAGAGAGUCAAGUCAAGUCGCUGACUCAAUACUUACUGAAGAUGACAGACUGGAGUUCAGCAAUAAGAGAAGAUGCUGCUGCUGAAGAUAAUCACUGGGACACAGAUACAAAGGGUGAAACAGAGAAUGGAGAGCAUUUAGAUGAUCAGCAAAAACAAACUGUAAAGAAAUUGAUCUAUGCUGCAAAGUUAAAUGCUUGUUUAAAGACCCUGGAAGCAGAAAGAGAUCAAAUGUAUUCAAAACUGUCUGAUGAAAAUAAAGCUAAAGGAGAACUUACAGAACGUAUAGAAAACCUUCAAAGUCAACAAGCCUCCUUGCAGUCUGAAAAUGAACGUUUUGAAAGUGAAGUUCAAAAGCUUCAGCAGAAACUUAAAGUAAUGACUGAGCUUUAUCAAGAAAAUGAAAUGAAACUACACAGGAAACUGACAGUAGAAGAGAGAGAACGCCUACAGAAGGAAGAAAAGCUUUCUAAAGUAGAUGAAAAAAUUAAUCAUGCUGCUGAAGAGCUGAGCAGCUACAGACAGCGAGCAAAAGAUCUUGAAGAAGAGCUAGAAAGAACCAUUCGUUCUUAUCAGAAUCAGAUUACUUCUCAUGAGAAAAAAGCUCAUGAUAAUUGGCUGACAGCCCGAGCAGCUGAAAGACACCUCAAUGAUAUAAAAAAAGAAAAUGCACAUAACAGACAAAAAUUAACUGAAACAGAAUUUAAACUUGACCUUUUAGAAAAAGAUCCUUAUGCUCUUGAUGUUCCAGUUAGACCAUUUGGCAGAGAGCAUUCCCCAUAUGGACCCUCACCAAUGGGCCGGCCUUCAUCUGAAACAAGAGCUUUUCUUUCCCCUCCAACUUUAUUGGAGGGUCCUUUAAGGCUUUCACCUAUGCUUCCAGGUGGAGGAGGAGGAAGAGGAUCCAGAGGACCAACUGCCGUGUAUGAAGCUGGUAACGAAAGAGGAGAGCUGAGUUCUGAUAGAUUAACUGAUCCCCACCGACCACCAUCAGAUACUGGAUCCCUGUCUCCUCCCUGGGACAGAGAACGCAGGAUAAUUCUGCCUCCACCAGUUGAGCCUUACACUGAUCCAGUUCUUCCUCCUCGAAGACAAGAAAGAUUUUUCCCUAAUCCUCCGAAUAGUGGAAGACUUUCUGGACCAGCAGAAUUACGAACUUACAACGUGCAGUCUUUUGAUAAAACAGAUGGACAGACAUCUUCAGAAAAUAGCCCACAAACAGAACCAAGUGGAAAUGGGAUGAAAGAUCAUUCUAAUCUUAGUAAUUCACUACCUGAUCAGUCACUGGCAUCUGAAAGUGAAGCCGUCAGUUCAGGAUUUGCUCCUCCACCUUUCCCUCCAGUCAGACCUCCGUUGAUGCCUGUGGAUCCUAGAGCACCUUUCAUGAGACGAGGACCUACUUUUCCUCCCCCUCCACCUGCUGGCAUGUAUGGACCACAUGAAUGUUUUCCAGUACGAGACUUUGGGCUUCCGCGCCCUCCGCUGCCAAUAAGAAAUCCAUUUCCAAUGAGAUCUUAUCCUCACUAUCCACCUCAACGACCUGGAUUUUUGCCUCCACCACCACCUCCUGAAAAUAGAGUUGAGCCACCCCAACAGCCAAAUCCAUCACCUGUAGAACAGCCAGAACCACAGCAAGAGACUUGACAGUCGUUUGAGCAAUGUGCUGAACCAUUUCUGUACUCUUCUAAUGGCAUUUUACAGCAUUUUUCCUUAUGUUAAGUAACCAUUGUUACUUAGAUAUAUACAAACUACUUUGCUCAAAUUGAAGCUUAAUAGAAAAUUCUCAGGAUGGUAUUUUGUAAAUAAAGAAUGAAAUA